AUGUGGGGAAGCACGAAACGUUCUACGUUGGGUUCACGAUAUUCGGCACCGGGAGGUGGGCCACCCGUUUCGAAGUGGAGAGUUUGGAUCAUUCCUGUGGGCCUGAUGCUCGCCACCGCCAUCCUUUGCUCCUACCUCUACAUCUCCGACAACCACAGCUCCGAAGAGUACCGACCCUACGUCGUGCCGCCCCACACCAACACCACCACGCUGGGUCCGGACGCGCUGCUGGAUGCACUGCCCCUCAACAAGGCACCUCCUUCCCACCCCACUUGCGCUGUCUCUGUGCAAAUGAAGGGCAGCCACAACAGUCUCCGCCUGUCGAUUCCGCUCUACUUGCAGCUCUCCCUGUCCCCGCUUGAGUGGGCGUGCCACAGCGUCGAACUCGAUCUUGUCCAGUCGCCCGAGGCCGACGCCCUCGGCGUGUCCCACCUGGGCACCUACCAGUACACCUACCACUACCGCCACAAUCUCUCACUUUCAUACAUUCUCAACAUUCCUCCUAACAACGUUCUCCCUCCCAGCGACCGUGUCGCCACGCUCGAGGUCGUUCUCAAGGAACUCAAGAGUUAUUCGACGCAUCACAAGGGCCACCACGUGGUGCUGGUCUGGCUGGACAUGCAGCCCAACGCCAUGUUCGGCACCGACAGCCAAUUCACCACUCUGUUCGACUCGAUCCUCGAGCAGGAGAUCGGCGCGGCCAACAUCUACACCCCCACCCAGCUGAAGAAACGGCCUGACCAUGAUUGGCCCACGCUGGGUGAGCUCAGAGAGAAGUUCAUAUUCGUGCUGUCCGGCCGUGGAUUCGAGGAGUCGACCAAGUCGCGACAGAGCGUCUACGAAACCACCGGCAAGUACGCCUUUGUCGACAUCGACCAACGGUCGCUUACCCAGCCGAGCGUGGAUCUGACCCGUUUCAAGGCUCGCCACUUCCUGAACAUACCCAUCAACGGCUGGAUCUCCCAGACCUCGUGGGAGCUGGUGCGCGAAGCCCAGAAACGCGGCAAGAUCACGCGAGGAUGGGCGGCCACGAGCGAAUCGCGGUGGACGCAGGCGCUCGCCGAGGGCGUCAACAUCAUCGCCACCGAGAAGAUUGUGGGCAACUCGUGGGCGCACCUGGUACCGUUCAAGGGAGAGGGUCGACCCUUCACCCCGCUCUCCGAUUGGUACCAGCAGUGA